GUCAUCUCCGACGAGCACGGCGUCGACCCCACUGGAACCUAUCGCGGAGACUCCGGCCUCCAGCUGGAGCGCAUCAACGUGUACUACAACGAGGCGACCAGAGGGCGCUACGUUCCACGCGCGGUGCUGAUGGACCUGGAGCCCGGCACCAUGGACAGCACACUUUUGUCUUCGGCCAAACAGCUGGUGGUGAGGCAUUGGCGCCAGUACACGCCGAUGCCGGUGCCCUCCCGGCACCCAGGCGCUGGGCAGGAGGCCGCGGUGGUCGACCGCCUGUGGUGCUCCACCAUGAUCGCAUUGGAAGGGGCCUUCCGGGGCGCGCGCCGGGAGCUGUACCGCAGGGAGGGCAAAUAUCCAGCCUUGGAGGGCCCGGGCUGGGGGCGGUCGAAGACGCGCCAGCACUUGGCGCAACCGCAGGACAGGGCGUCGCAGGGCUUCGGCGCCGAGAGCGGGCGCGCGAUCCUUGCCCAGGCCACCCGGGUCACUCGGCUGAAGCAUCUGGGAUGGCUGGAGGCGUGCGGCCAGAGUGCGAGCGAGGAGGCGCAGAGGCUGCGGCAGCUACUCUGGGCCGCGGAGGAAACCAGGGCAGGGCGCCGGAGCCCCCAGGGGGGCGCCGAGGCGGCGGCGGAGCGCCUGCUGGAAGAGAUGCGCCAGGGCGCAUUCCAAACGCGCCUGCGCGACUGGCGGGCCAAGAUGAGGGGCAACCACAGGGCUGCGUGGCAAUGGGUGAGAGACGCCUGGCUACGGCCCUUCACCGGCGUCUACUCGGAACACGUGCGCAAGGGGUGCGCCACGAGUGCCAUGCAGGAGACCCUGGAGUGCCUGCAGGCCCACUGGAGGGUGGUUUGGGACAGGGAGCGACAACGGCCGGAUGAGGUCGUGGACGCCCUCGCGGAGGUGCCCCCCGCGGCGCAGCCGGCCUGGUUCGAGGCACGGCAGCGAGGGGCCGCGUGCGGCGCGGAUGGCUGGAGCGGCGCGGAGCUUGCAGACCUGCCGCUGGAGAUCUGGCGCCACCUGGCGCGGGCGCUGCGCUACGACGGCAAAGGGGUCCGGGCGGACGGCGCGGUGGACUGCGCCACCCUCCUGCCGAUCACCGUCCUCAGCUCGUGGUGGCGGCUAUGGGGGUCGGCAAGGAUGCGCACCUGGGGCGCGCAGCAGUGGUUGUCGACCUGGUGGCCGCAGGAGGCGUGCGGAGGCAGGCCCGGCAUGGAGGUCGCGGACACUUUCCUCCCGCUGCUGGAGGACUUCGAGGGCGGCGCUUUCCUCGCCUCCUUCGACUACUCGCUGGCUUUCGAUCUUGCAGAUCCGGCCGUCGUGGAAACACUCUUUGGCAAUUUGGGCUUGCCAGCCUCGGUGAACAGGCUCAUCGCCGGAGUCUGGCAGCGCCAGAAGCGAUGGGUGGAGGGCCCGUGGUGGACCUCAAGGCCCGUUCCCCCAGGCGCGACAGGGCACUUGGAUGGGCGACAGGAGCUGGGCGACGCCCGCGGCAAGAAUGGCAGCAGCGCUCGGGGCUGCCUGGCGGCGGAGAAUGGGGGCGAGGAGCAGUUCUCCCACCGCGCGGCCGAGGGCAGGAGGGCCCUGGGGCAGCAGGCAGGCGUGGCGGCGACGGCCGUCAGGGUGGCCCCGCUGAUCCUGGGGUGCUACAUGCAGCCUGCGCGCCGGGUGGGCCUGCAGGACAAGGAGCAGAAACGGCUCGACGUCGCGGCGGGGCGCCUGAGGAGGAUCGCCAUUGUCGCUGCGCACGGGCGCCAGCUGGAAGCAACGGUGCACGGAGCACUGCGGAUGCCGAAGCGGGCGUCGCCUCACCUCUUCGAGAUGCUGAUUGGCCAUUCUACCAGCGUCUUCUACCGCGUCGUGGAGGCCGAGGUGACGACGGCAGUGCGGCGGGUGGGCAAGACGCGCGCCCUGCCUGGGGCGUGGGGCGGCGGCGGCUGGCCCAAGUGCCUCCGGGAGUGGAUGCAGCAGCUGGGGUGGCAGGAAGACGCGGGCGGUGCUGGUGGCGGCGCGGGCGCCCUGCAGGAGGGCUGGCGCUGGCGGCGCCCCGUCGCGCAGGCCACCAUCAGGCUGCGGCCGGCGGAGGUCGCCCCCGAGGACGAGGUCAAGCGCGACCUCCGUGAAUCGUGGAGGGCUACGAAGUACAGCUUAUGGCAGCGGCAGGCGUGGAGCGACGAUGUCGCCGGCAGCGUGGGCGUCGGCUCACGGAGAGCGCGCUUGGGCUGGCCAGCGCUGCAGAACGAAGCAACUGGCGCCAUCGAGGUCUUCCUGGAGCGGCACAAGCAGGUCCGGCAGGGCAUCUUCGAGCACCGCUUGGGCGUUGGCGCCAGGGAGAAGGGGAAGGGAAAAGCUACCUCGUUGGCUUGGUUUUCUCCGGGAUUGGCCAUAGUCAUCGCUUAUUCUUUCGCGAUCUUCGGCCGAACAGGUGCGGGCAACAAUUGGGCGAAGGGGCGCUACACUAAGGGGGCGGAGCUGAUCGACAGCGCUUUGGACGUGGCCCGCAAAGAAGCCGAAGGUUGCGACUGCCUCCAAGGAUUCCAGAUGCGCCACCCCCUCGGCGGCGGCACCGGCGCGGGCAUGGGGGCGCUGCUGAUCUCGAAGGUCCGCGAGGAGUACCCCGACAGAAUCAUGGGGACCUUCUCCAUCAUUCCCAGCCCGAACGUCAGUGACACCGUUGUCGAGCCGUGCAACGCGGUGCUGUCUUUCCACCAGCUGGUGGAGAACGCCGACGAGUGCUUCCUGCUCGACAGUGAGGCCCUGUGUGACAUGUGCUUCCGCACGUUGAAGCUGACCACGCCUACGUACGGAGAUCUGAACCACCAGGUGAGCGCAGCGAUCAGCGGCGUCACCACGUGGCUCCGCUUCCCUGGUCAGCUGCAUUGCGACCUGCGCAAGAUCGCAGUGAACCUGAUCCCCUUCCCGCGCCUGCGCUUCUUCAUGACUGGGUUCGCGCCGCUGACGUCCCGCGGCAGCCAGCAGUGCCGCGCUCUGACCGUGCCGGAACUGACGCAGCAGAUGUUUGACGCGAAGAACAUCCUGGGGCGUGGUCCUGUGGGGCGUUCCUUCCCUGCAGGGGGCCACUACCCAGAG